AUGGGGGAGCCAAAGAAAAAAUUUCCUGAGCCUGUCCUUAAGGGCUAUUCAUCUUUAUUUAAGUCUUUCUUUAAAUUUCUUUCCUUUAACUUAGAUUCGUGUCGCUAUUAUGGAAGUAUUUCAUCCCCCUCAUCAACAACCCAAACAAUAAAAACUGCUGACAGUGGAAUAAUAAUAGAUUGUGGCAGAAAUACUCCUUUAUCGCCUUCUGGAGAAAGUGCAUCAACUCUUUCCCCUUGUAGAAGUGAAGUGGAAAUACUUGGAAUUAAAAAAGAAGAGGAAGAAUUUUACAAUAAAGAAUUGAAAAAAUUUUGGGAAAGAAUAUGCCCUUUAAAUUGGAAAAAAUUUCAAAAUGCUGGGUGGGCAGGGAAAAUUUAUAGAAUAUUUAAGAUUCCUUCAUUACUUUUGCUUGGUUUAACAAUUCCUAGAGCUGGAAAAUGGUCUAAACCUUUGGCUAUAGUACACGCAUUUCUUUUUCCUUUAAUAUUAUGUUAUGCCUUUAAAUUAUUUUCUCUUCACAUAUUCAAUUCUUUAAUUACAGCAAACUAUAUUGCUUUAAUUAUUUCUAUAUUUUUGGUUCUAAUUAUUGGAACAACAACUGAAGUAGAUAAAGAGCCUUAUUAUUAUAAGUGGAUCUCUUCACAUGUUGGGUUUGUACUUUCAAUAGCUUGGAUUUAUGCAACAGCAGCAGAAGUGGUAUAAUAUUUUUUUUCUUUAUUUUUUGGUCAAGUUUAAAAAGAAAUUUGUCGGAAAAAUUGAAAUUUUAAGUAAAGCUUCCUCUCUCUCCCUGUCUCUUUCCUAUGUAGAGAAUUGUGUUAGUUAGUUGUUUUUUUUUUCUUCAUUAUUUUUUCGAAAGAAUUUUUGUCCAUCCACGAGAUGGUGACAAAAUUAAUUUUUCGGGAUCUGUUGACGAUAUUGAACUUCAGAACAAGCCGAUAAGUCCAGGGAAUCCCAUUUAUCACUAAAGCCUGAGAUACAAGGAUUUUGAUAUCUUGUUUGGGAGAUCCAACUCCAACCCUCACUUUAGUGAGGUUUACACGUAUUGGGCCACCCAGUAAAUUAA